AUGGAUUCCAACGCCUCACAUUUCUACCUAAAGCUGAAAAUCAAAAGUUUUCGGCGGAUAGCUACAGAAAAAAAAACAACCAAGAGCAACUUCUCGAUUGGACUGUCGUCUAAUGGAUAUAGAGAGGGAGAAAUGCGACGAAAAUAUCGAGUCCAAGGAGCCAGGAGACAAACAUGUUAA